ACGCGGCCACCGCGGCUGCGGCAGUGCGCCCAACAGCGGACUCCGAGAGACCAGCGGCCCUCGGAACCAGCAGCACUCGCUCUCAACCACCCACUCACCACUCUCGGAACCAUGGCGGCAGUUGCGGCAGCCUCGGCGGAACUGCUCAUCAUCGGCUGGUACAUUUUCCGUGUGCUGCUGCAGUGCCGCGGCCGGCACCGCACGCCCCUGCCCGUCCCCUGCGCCCUCCUCCUCGCGUUAGACCCUUCCCAGUGCGCCCGCCCGGGAACAAAGAGUUCGGGCGCGGCGGGCGCCAGCCGCGGACGAUCGCCGAGGCUCUUAGCGACCAAAGUGGUGUUCCUGGAAUGCUGCAUUUACUGGGUAGGAUUCGCUUUUCGAAAUCCUCCAGGGACACAGCCCAUUGCGAGAAGUGAGGUGUUCAGGUACUCCCUGCAGAAGCUGGCGUACACUGUGUCGAGAACCGGGCGGCAUGUGCUGGGAGAGCGCCGCCACCGGGCCCCCAACUGAGGCUCCAGCCCCCACCCCUGGGCGGCCGUGUCACCAGGUGCUCCUGUGAAAUUCCACCAGCAUGGGAGCCAAUGCCGCACAGGAACGGGGGGUCCCCUCUGCCCUCUCGCCAGAGGAGCACUUGCCAAGGUCAGUGAGGGGCUGGUAGGCCCCCGGAGACGCAGCACCGACAAUGACGACAAUACCAGAUCCCUUCCCCACCCCUUUGCACCCGUCCCACUGCGGGUGGCGUUGAGGGGGGGAUGGGGGGAGCAGACCCCUGAGAUCUGGCCACAGGCAAUGCAUUCUGAUCUGGACCAAGUCGGGACAGCGCCAUCCCAGCCCCGCAGUGAAGGCCAUGCCAGCAGGCCCCACCACAGAGAUCCAGACAACCACACCAGCCAGCAAAAAUGGACAUUCCAACAUCACCAGCCGAAGCCCUGAAUCUCGGUGCAGCAGACAAGGCGACAACUCCGUGCCGUGUGGCGGGACUGGAGGGCAAGGGUGAGGGAGGAGGGUUAAGAAGCUGAGUGGGGCCCUCUCACUGUCCCUUGCCUACAGCACGUGCAUUCCAGCCUUUCUGCCUCUGCUCCCUCAAUUCCUCUUUCCCCCUCACUCCCACCCAAAAGAAAUGUCACUCAAUUUGGACCUAUUCAACAAGAAAAUGAAUCCCAUCUUUAUGAAAACACCUUCUCUGAGCCCCCAGCCCCUCACUGAUCUUGCUUUCCCCAGGUCUCACGCAAUUGUGGUCAAUAUUGUGGUAAUCGCUAAUUGUAAUGAUUGUAUAAGUGUGCAUUAGUUGUGUCUCCCCGGCUAGAUUGUAAGCUCCUGGAGGACAGGGACCGCCUCUACAAAAAAUAAAAAAAGUACCUCCCCCAUCUCGCACAGUGUCCCAGGACCCUGCGGGGUGGUGGAGGCGCACCAAAAA